AAAGCCCCGCGACAGCUUCAACUUCGACUCUUUAUCGGAUAGCAGAUAUUACACGCGACUAUAUUCAGACAUCAUGUCCGAUCGCGAGUUCAGUAAGUUUACUGCUCGUUGUCUGUCGUGUGGCAGAUACUGACUGACGCGUACAGCAAAUGACGACCUAUCGCUUCCAAAAGGUAUGUAUACCCCUUCUACGUAUUUCGUAGCAAUAUCCUCUAUCAGAUGUAGCUGACAUGUAUAGCAACCGUCCAAAAAAUAAUCACCGAGAUUCUCCCUCCCUCCACCGGACAAACAUUUGCCAAGGACGCGCGCGAUCUACUGAUGGAAUGCUGCGUCGAGUUCAUCACACUCAUCUCCUCUGAAGCCAACGAUAUCAGCGAAAAGGAAGCCAAAAAGACCAUCGCGUGCGAACAUGUCGAGAAAGCGUUGAGGGAUCUCGGGUUUGGAGAUUAUAUCAGUGAAGUUCUCGCUGUUGCGGAGGAGCACAAAGAAGCUUUGAAGACGCGCGAAAAGAAAGCGAGUAAAAUGGAACAGAGUGGCCUGACGGCAGAAGAACUACUGCGACAACAACAGGAACUAUUUGCGUCGGCUGGACAAAAGUUCAACGCGGGAUCUGAAUGAGCUGUUCGCUUUCCGGGUUGUUGUCGAGACCGCUUCUUUGAGCGAUUUGUUUCCUACAAGGGUACUUGCCUACGGUCGACGCGGACAUAGCAUGUGGAGUUAUCGGUUGAUUCAUACGGCAGGACAAAUACAUGGAUGGCGUUAUAAAUAUGGAUAUAACUGGAGUUUGGGCGUUGCACUGUACUUAUCCCUGAGCAAUAUGUGGCCAUAUGACAUCUGAUCGUCAUACGAAUCCUUCGUCAACGCAAGCAAAUACAGCAGCUGAAAUUAUAUU